UUCUUUUUCUGUGCUUGUAUUUGUUUUUAUUAGUUUCUAGGAAGAGAUAAUAUGUGCAGUAGAGGCCAUUGGAGGCCAGCUGAGGAUGAGAAGCUUCGAGAGUUGGUGGAACGCUUUGGACCUCAUAAUUGGAAUGCCAUAGCUGAGAAGCUCCGAGGAAGAUCAGGGAAAAGUUGUAGGUUGAGAUGGUUCAAUCAAUUGGACCCAAGAAUAAACAGAAGUCCUUUCACAGAGGAAGAAGAAGAGCGUCUUCUAGCUUCUCACAGGAUUCAUGGUAAUAGAUGGGCUGUAAUUGCAAGACACUUCCCUGGAAGGACUGAUAAUGCUGUUAAAAAUCAUUGGCAUGUGAUGAUGGCAAGGAUUAGAAGAGAAAGGUCUAAAAUUUACAAUGUAAAACAGCCUCUUUUUUCUCCCAACCUUGAGACUAAUUUUGAGACUAUUCCUUCUUUUGUUGAGAAGUAUUAUGAAAAGUACAACCACCCUUGUGUCACAAGUAGCCCCUUCCAAUUUCCUAAGAAGUUUUACUUUCAAGAUCCAAGUUCCACAAUGCCUCAAGACAAGAGUCAAUCGGUGGAGUUUUAUGAUUUUCUUCAAGUAAAUACCGAUUCCAAUAAAAGUGAAGUGACAGACAAUGCCAAAAGAGAUGAUGAGGAAGUGAAUCAAGAUAAUGAGGGACAACAGAACAAGGACAAUGGUGUUCCAUUCAUUGAUUUUUUGUCUACUGGAAGCUGCUAACAUAAUUGCCAAAGUACAACUUAAUUACCCAUUUGUAUGAAUUGAGCCUGACUAGAACAAAAUCUCGAUGUAGAUAUGAUCCAUUCAUGUAACUAGCUACUGUAUUCACAAACAGUAACAUAUUUAAGGAUAUGUGUACAUUUGUAACAUGUAAAAAGUGCUUAUGAGAAACCCCAAUGCAUCAAAAAUCAAAAUA